AGUAGGUGAAACGUUCACGCGCGAGACUGAAGGCGGUGGGUUCGAAUCCCGCGAGCGGGAUCGACAAUAGGACGAAACGGCCGUCUAGUGCUUCGAGGUUUCCAACGGUGGUCUAACAUCAAUCGCUUCAUGAUCUCAAUCAAUUAAUUCUGAUACAGUUGUUAGUGUUGAAACUGUUGGCGCUGAAAAUUCUGGACACAUGUGUUUACAUGAAAUCAAUCACAAACAAGAUAACGUGGUUGCAGUCCAGUCUCCAGACUCCAUAAAACCAAGAAUCAGGACUAAACUGAUGAAGCGUUUCUCAAUUCAUGUGAAUGUCUCAUCUUCAUCAUUUCCAUUGUUUUUUGUUGACGUCACAGGAGAUCAAGAAGUGGCAGCUCAGACUCUUGAGUUUUCAAGUAAAGAUAUCUUUAUAAAUACACUAUCUGUCCGUGUUAAGGAGUGGGAUGAAAAAAUUGAAAAAGGUUCAGCAGGAGUAUCACUAAAGUUUUUGGAUAGUUAUUGUGCAAAUGUUGUGGAUGUGGUGAAGGAAUUGGAACCAAAAUUGAGAUCUGCUACUCUGUCAUGUGAUAUCGAUCACUCACAAAGGCCAAAUGAUAUCCGUGUCGACACUGUUAAGGUUGAACUGGCAGUGUUAUCGAGUGAAAUGGAAGAAGUAUUUUCAUCGAAAACGUGGUUCCCAUCGUUGAAGAAUUCACUUGAAUCGGGUAAUGUGAAUGUGAAUAGCGCGUGGAUAAUUGUUGAUAUCCACACUUGAUCAAUAUGUACGGUGUUCAGUUGAGAUAACAUAGCUUGCAGUUUUCAUCAUUAAGUAGUAAAUAUACUGUACUCCAUUUCAGAUAUCGUUUCAGUGAGUGGUAAGUUCACAAUAAAUUCUGUAGUUUUGUGUAUUGUAAAAUCUGUUGAAGUCAGUGAUACUGAGGAAUAUUGAACACAAUAAUCUGUCAAUGUGGUGUAGGAAUUUAGGAAGUGAAUGUUGUGUAAUGA